AUGCCUCCUAUUAUCAUGGCCACGGAGUGCAGUGAGGAGUUGCGCUGCGCCCUUUGCCUGGACUCUUGGCAGGACCCGGUGGAGCUGGUUCCGUGCGGGCACAUCUUCUGCACGAAGUGCGUCAAGGGCGUGUACACGUGCCCCAUCUGCCGCGAGCCCGUGACCGGGAGUAAACGGCCGAACCGCGUCCUUGUGAACCUUGCGCUGGCGGUGCCUGUAAAGUGUAGCGCGUGCGGCUGGACCGGGACGCGUGAAGGGGGCAGCUCCCACACGUGCAGUGCGGGCACGGACGUGACUGCUGUACCCGCUGCCUCUGCGGCAGGCCCGAAGUACGCCGUGAUGGAGCCGACGGGCCAGGACCCCUGGCGCCAGUUUGGCCUGUCGCGUGAGGAGUACGACCAGAUUAUGGCGUUGUUUGUCUUCUUCGACGCCGACGACAGCGGUGGGCUGGACCGCAGCGAGGUUGGCCGCCUCGCGCGGUGGCUCAACUUUGCCCGCAGCGAAUACGAUAUUGACCGCAUGUUCCGCGAAAUGGACGCGGAUCGCAGCGGCACUCUCUCUCUCAAUGAGUUCCUCGCGUGGCUGUCGCACAACCGGCCCGAUCCCAACGCCCUUUACGGGCUCUCGCAGUCGGAGUACAACACCAUCAUGAUGCAGUUUCGCAUGUACGACAAGGACCAGGACGGGCUGCUGAGCAUGGAUGAGUUCGCGCGGCUUGCCCUGGGCGUGGGGGACGUGGGCGACGUGGACGCCGGAAGGCGGCUGUUCCGAAGCAUUGACGCGAAUGGAAGCGGCGUCGUCGACCUCCACAGGUUUUUAACCUACCGCAUUCGCAUGCGGUACAGUUAG